AUGAAUGCGUUUAACGUAGAUUUUGGCCAGGAUGAAGGCGUAGUUCGACGAGGUGCGGCACCGCGGGCCAAUAUGGAACGCGGUGACUGGCAUUGGUCCGAUGAGGAGUCCGACGACGAUGAGCCGGAUAUGAUAGAUCCGGCAAUCGCCGCCUCAUCGGACGAGGAGAACGAUGAGGACGUAGAUGACAGUGGCUACGGAUCAGAGGAGAGCGAAGCCGAGUCGGCGAUAAACCAGGGCCACCAGGAGGAGGAGGAUGAUGAGGAAAUAUGGAGAGAGCUGGACGAGGCGAUACGCAUGAUGGACGACGAAGAGGCGGGAGAUGCGAGCAGCGGCCGAAGUAGCCCAGAAGAGUAUGCGCCGUGGGAGCAAAAUGAGAUCCAUGAGCCUCCGGCAAGAUUGUGGGAGCCAGCGCGGCCACCAACGCCGUUUCGUAUGGUGGACUCAAUGUCAGAGGCCAGCGAAACGGCGGAGAUGGCCGUGGCUGAUGAAGGUGCGGCUGAUGGAGUAGCCAGCCCACCUCCACUCGAGCCAGAGGGGACGGAUUGGGAGGCAGAAGGAGCGACGUCGGAGAACCAGCAAUGGAUGAGUUGGUGGCGUCAGCAGAUCCUGCAGCAGCAGGAGGCUGAGAGGGAUCUGCUGGCAUGGGAAAUACACCAGCAGGAAGAGGAACAGCUGGCAAGGGCCAGGGAAAGGCUGGCGGAGGUGACAAGACAGCAGCAACAAUACCAACAGCAACAGCAACAACAACAACUGCUCGAAUGCCGAGAGGCACAACGACAGCGCUCGGCCUAUAUUAGCCAGGCAAAUAUCAUGCGCAGUGCCAUACGGGCAUGA